AUGUCUCUAUCCUGGACAAAACGGAAAACAUUGUUGGGUUCGUUACUCAAUAGCUCGGAUGAUGAUGAAGAAGGCCUUGCCUUGGAUCGUAUUUUGCAUGGUCAGCGGAUCAUAGGAAGGACUGCGAGAACUGCAGAGAUAGAAUCUCUCCGUUUCUCAGACGGAGAUCUUAUCGUAGUGGGCACACUGGACCAUGGCCAAUUUGGAAUAAUUGACGUAGUGACGUGCCAGCUCAAUGGUCGCGUAUAUGUUCGCAAAUCUAUCGAGAAACAUUUUGCCCAGCGGACUCGUGAACAAUGCUCUCCGCAGUUAGAACGGGAUAUUCUUCUGCGCGCGAAACGUGAGCGCUCUGCGUGGGCUCCGCACUUAUUUUGUGCAUUCCAGACCUCCACUCACCUCAACAUUGUCAUGGAUUAUGCCGAAGGAGGCACAUUAUGGGAUGUACUUGAGUCGAGCCCUGAAGGUAGAGUUCCUGAGGUAGACUUACUUUGGUGGGCUCCUCAGGCAGUCUGCGCCAUCAACUGGUGUCACUCCCAGGGUUUUGUACAUCGUGACAUCAAACCCCAGAACUUCGUUCUUACAGCAAAUAAUCACAUGCUUCUAAUAGAUUUCGGGUCUGCUGCGCCUCUUUCACCUCCAGAGCCUGACGGGAGUCAGUCAGUCCCGAGACAAUAUACCCUUGUUCCUUGUGGUACUUGUGAUUACAUUUCUCCUGAAGUUCUGCAAGCCCAUGAAGAUGCCCUCCUUGCCCUGGAGUUGUCGGACGACGGUGUUUCUCCUCUUUCGGUCUCCAAGGAGGCUGGUUCGUAUGGCUCGGAGGUCGAUUGGUGGAGCCUUGGCGCAAUGUUGUACGAAUUGACAUAUGGAGUGGCCCCCUUCUUUGCUAAAGACAUCCGAACUACUUAUCUGAGGAUUUUGGACUACCAGACGAGCUUGCGCUUCAAUGCAGCAAUUCCCGUUUCCGAAAAGCUAAAGGAGUUACUUCGCAGACUUCUCACUGAUCGGCAUCACCGUCUUGGGAGAUGUAGCGUGCUGGAAAUAACAGAGCAGCAGUUUUUCGGAAACACUGACUGGUCUUGUGUAGAUUCGCGCCCUGCACCGUCUGAAAUCCAUGUGCCGCAAUUCACAUAUUCUGCAUCAGCAGCGCCCGUCUCACCCAUAGAGCCCUCGGAUCCCACGGGUGAAGAAAAUUCACAGCCGUUUGCGUUUUCUGCUUUAUUUCAUUCUUCCCCUAACACUUCGCUUGGAAUAUCAAUUUUGCGGGACACACCUCAUCACAUAUCUCCACGAGCCGAGUCGGCCUUUAUCGGAUUUUCGUGGGGUCCUACUAAGGAUGCAUUCUAUCUGCCAAUCAAUUCAUCUCGAAAAUACGAGACAGACAGAUUGGCCACCCCUCAGCCUUUACAGGCCACUUCCGGGAAAUCUAGCCCUUAUCUAUCACUCAAAGCUUCCAGCGCUCCCACGCAUUUCUCCGCUUUUGCAACACCUAUUCGUCCCCAUAGUUCUUCAGCAUUUCACACCCUUCCCCGCACGGGCACUGUUCGGCGUACAACUCAGCGGCGCGCUGUUUCAGAUCGUGAAGCCAUGAAGCAACUCGUGGAAUGCAUCGGUAUGAGCGCCAGGAAAAAGGUCCUCGCCAGCGGUCGCAAGCCACGCUUGAUACAGUCUUGUGGCAGAAGCUUCUCAAACACCGUCCGAAAAGAGCUGCGCUUUGGUGUCCAGCCUAUUAUCACCAACAAAACUUAUGACUCCGAUGACUUCCCAGCCGUGGUGGUUGCUUCGGCAUCUGAGGGAGCAGAGGAAACCGAGUCGGAUGGACCACCAAGUCCCAGCCCAAGUCCACGCCCCGGCUCUGCAAUGUCCAUACUCAGUCGAAGAAGUGUCACACCCACAAUGACUGGAUCCUAUUCUACUCGUUUGUUAAACCUCCCCUCUACCACAUUUUCGGCAAGCAGUAAUCUGCAAAGCGACGAAAACAUCUUUGAAUCUCUGGAAAAUAGGCACGCCGCUCUCAUGUCUGAUUUGACAGCGAUUGAAGGGCGCUUGAGCCGCCUCUCCAUGUUGUUAUCGGUGGAGGCGCCCAAGUCCUCCGCUAACGUCGGUUAA